AGCAGCCACUCCUGCCAUAUCCUGACAUCCCCUCUGGUUUGGUUAUAUGUGCCCCUUGCCACAAGCCUCAACUCAAGCUACUGAGGCUUCAGUUUUAUUCGCUAGCUUGGUCUCUAGUAAGCCAUGGCCCCCACCGCGAUGGCCGCCGCCACCUCCGUCGCUCCAUUCCAGGGGCUCAAGUCCACCGCCAGACUCCCCGUCAGCCGCCGCUCCAGCAGCUCCGGCUUCGGCAACGUCAGCAACGGCGGAAGGAUCAGGUGCAUGCAGGUGUGGCCGGCGGAGGGCAACAAGAAGUUCGAGACCCUCUCCUACCUGCCACCUCUCUCCACGGACGAGGUCCUAAAGCAGAUCGACUACCUGAUCCGGAAGAACUGGAUCCCCUGCCUCGAGUUCAGCAAGAUCGGGUUCGUCUAUCGUGAGAACAGCACGUCUCCCUGUUACUACGACGGGCGCUACUGGACCAUGUGGAAGCUGCCCAUGUUCGGCUGCACCGAGGCCACCCAGGUGUACGCUGAGUUCGAGGAGUGCAAGAAGGCCUACCCCGACUGUUACAUCCGUAUCAUCGGCUUCGACAACAUCAAGCAGGUGCAGUGCGUCAUGUUCAUCGCCUACAAGCCCCCAGGCUCCGAGUAAGACCGGCGGCGCCAAAUAAGCUUAUCGCGCGGACCGCUCGCUCGUGAGCGACCGUGGAUGAAGUGUCUACUCGGUUUUGGCAACUUAAUUAUUUGACGCUCUGUUUAAAGUCGCCUGCUUGUUAAUUCCCUUUCUUUUCGUGUUUCCGUCCUGUGUGUAUGUACGAAUGUACAUGUAUCAACGUAGGCUGAGGAGCAUGCAUAUGUGAAUGCUAGCGCCGGCUAAACUUAUACGCAUACACAUCGUAAUAUAUUGUAUACGCAAUUCCUCCACUGCCUCA